AUGCUCCACCUAGAUAUACGAGAGCUCAUUGUUCCUCAGCGAAUGCCUGGGACUCAUGUAACGUUGACGUUAACGUUCAGGAAUAGGCUUCGCAAUACAGUAGACUGCGAAUUCGUUCAUCCAGGGUCACUGCGCCGCAGACAGACGAAUGGAUCUGUUUGUAUCAUCUAUCCGUCAGAGGUGAUCACUCCAAUACCCUGGAUGUCGCACUUAAGUCAUGAGCUCACUGUGACAGCAGAGAUAUUCAAUGACGACGCCAUGCUCUAUGAAACGACUGUAAGAGUAGCACCUCUGAAGGUGAAGCACAUCCUAUCCGGAAAACGAAUGUUUCUGGAGCUUCCAAUGGACAAGGUAUCCUGUGCUGCCGUCUGCAUCUGUAAGGACAUGACAGAAAGGUCAUCCAAAGUAUUUCUACAAAAGAUGCCAUUGAAUCAUAUUAUUCCGUUGUUUCCAGAGCCCAUCAUUGACUGCUAUCUGAUUGUAGAUGCGGGAUACAUCAUUAGGCGCUCCAUAUAUGAUCGAUACACUAGGACUACACCUGAGAAAAUACCCAUAAGUUUGGCCUCGAAACUGAGGAGAGUAUCUAUUGUUCUUCGAGGCCUUGUGGGAGACGUUGUUUGGGAGUCAAUGGUGUACAACGGAGAAGUAGACCCCAAAACAGGUGAAAUAAUAAUGUAUGAGCUCAUUAACGGAUUGGAUGCGGUUGCAAUUAACGUUCUAUCCGCCUUAUAUAAGUCUAUUUUCACCAAGAGCAAAGGCAGAGCCAAAAUUAAGAUUGGUCAGUCAAGUGAAAGUAGAGGAGAUCAUUCAUCCGCCAAGAAAACAAGGCGUCAACAAGAAAAAGAUUAUAAGCUUCUGCUUAAUGCUUGUGUGAUGGAAGGCAUUGUUGCUGCUCCUAGUUGUGGCGCAGGUCUUUCACGCACUCGUGGCCCAUCACUGAUUGAAGUACUCGCAUCCAUUAAAGGCCUGUCGCACAACAAUCUUAAUCCGAUGGAUCUACUGGCAAGCUAUUCGACUUGCGAUUGCAGCCAGUCCACUUUGACUUUUGAUAGACUAAAGAGCUUGAUGUCAGAGAACCCAAACAUGUGGGUAAUAGCCAAACGAAUCCGCAAUUGGAUCUCUGUCGUUGACCAUAAGCAUAUCUUAGCUGGUCUGGUCCGAAAUUACAUCAGCCCCACGCACCUCACUGUUCCCGAGCGCAUUGGCAAGAGUCAGCUCCACGAUAUCCUGCGCGAUUGUGACGAUGAUAAUGUGUGUUACGUUCUUAGCAUUGUUUGCAGGGAUGCCAUGACUCUUCCAAGAGUUACAAUAGGAGAAAAUACCUAUUUUGCUCCCACAUCAAGCGAGCAAGUGUCCCCUUACAAAUGGCUGCAGACAGGUGAUGACAGCAUAAAUGGUCUGCACAGAUUUUGUCUCCACUAUGAUAUUCCUCAAAAGUCUGUGUGCAACUUUCUGUGGGAGCGACUAUGCAUUGCAGAUCCUUCGAGUAAUAUGACGGACCCCACGGCUGAGAUGGUGAUGAAUAAGUUAUCUUUAUUGUUAACUGCAGCACUCAACACAGGAACCGUCGAAAAGUGGCGCAAUGGGAGAGGUAAGACAUAUUCUCUUCGGUCUUUAUUCAUCGAUCUAAUCAUUUAUAUUGUUACUACUGUAGAAAUGCAGCCGUUACAUGUGCUAUACCAAGACGAUGCAAAUGGACCGGAGGUUGAAGUUAGCCAGUCGUACGAGUCAGAAGAAAGCAUUCUGUGCGUGGAUCCUCUGGAAGAAGUCCAGCAAAUAGAGCAUUUGGCCUCAGAAGAAUACAGUUGCCCGAAAGCGUUGCUGUUUUCGAGGCAUGUUCAGCAACAUGUCAAUGAGGUGAUCAGCAGCCAAUCUAGCUCCUUAAGCAAACCGUCUGCAUCACAAUCACUGUGUGUCCAGGGAGAGACACGCAUGCUGCACUCACUAAGUUCAGAGGUGUCUCUCUCUAUUGCCGACUUGGCCACAGAACCUAAAAAUGAAGAUCAUCAGGCUGCUGACCCCGUCGAUCAAAUUCACCUGCCAGCAAUUCCUCGACCCAAUAACGGAGUACGAAGGCAGAUUCAUACACCACAAGAUAAAGCAAGAUUGGCAAGUAGCACUUCACUAAUCAGCCAGGCUGCAUCCUCUGCCUUCAGCGAUGUGUCCUGUCAAGAAGAUGAUGUUAUCUUAUCAACUAUAGACUAUACUGAUCGCUCAAAGGGUUCAGUGGGAAGAACUGGGACAAAAACUGUGAUUGGCCCUGUUCUAGGGUCAUCCUACUCUUCACUCAUCAAUGUCUCUCGAUUGAAUACUCCAAUUUGCGACCUUUCUUUCUCUUCUUCUCCUUCUAACGCACUACCACCGUUAUAUUCGAAUAUCUUUACGGAUAUGAUUAAGCUCAUAACGCAGGAAAAAGCUUGCACUACGGGACAAAGGAUGCUUGAUCAAUGGACAGAGGACCUUAUAGAAGCGGUCGUUGCACCAACCACCCAAUUUGCCAACCCCACGUGGGGACAUAAACAGAUGCAUGCUAUGCAGGACCUUUGUGUAGCCGCAGCACACCUUAAGCACAUCAUACUCACGCUCAGUUCAUGCAUUGAAAACGUGGACAAGGAGCAGGUGAGGUUCUUAAUUAUGAGUAUCUUGUCUGAUAGAGAUCUAGAGCAUCUAUUGCUUUCUCUUAAUGAACCCCUCCUCUCCUUCCAUAGUAAGCUUACUAGCAGCACCAAGGAGACACAGACCAUAAGCAGUUUCGCAUCAAACCUUCCUCACAACUUGCCCCGCGAAAGCUCUCCCUUUGAUUUUUCAGCUCUACAAGAAAAGAUGUCUUUGAAUGACAGGGUUAUAGACUCUAUACUGGAGAAAGCGACGGCCUAUGCCUCCUCCCUAUCUCCUAAUAGACACACCAUCAACACAGCAUCAAUUCCAAGCGUGCAACGUAGCACUGACACAUUUAUAUCUGGCAAUAUCGGAUUCGCAAGGUCCAGCAGCAAGGACACUAACUAUCUUUUUGAGUCCAACUACGAGAGUAGGGCUGGAACGCCCGACAUAUGCCAGAUGCUGGAGUCGAUAGAAGGUGGUGACUGUGAUCAACAACUAAUUGAACCAGCCACUUGGGACUACGGAGUUUGCCCAUAUGAAUGCCAACGUCUCAUACUAACAUAA